AUGGGGAUUAAGAGAGGUGGUCGGAAAUCACCGCGUCAGGAGGAGGUGGCGCGCGGAGUAGUGGUACGGCUGGAGGAAGGGGCGGGGCAUUGGCGAAACGGUACCGCGCACGAAUCUCCGGCACGCAACAAGGUUACAGUGCAGUUGCGAAGGAGACGAGGUGACGUCGAAUUUGCGGCUCAGAGUUACGGUCGCAGGGGUGGAUUUGAAUGGGGCGCGCGCCGCAUUGGGGCAUUGGGGCCUUGGGGUUCGCUUCAUGUUUCGGGGAAGGAACAAGGGGCCUUGAGGGGCAGCCGCACCCGCAUCCACCCUUUCUCCUUUGCACUUGCCACUAGCACCGUUGCACCUUACUCCGUACUCGUCACCGUUGAUUGGGCCGAUUGCUCCUUCUUUAUUCUAUCAGAUCAAAAUGGAAAUUCCUCGACAGGGCCACAGUUCCAUGCCAAAUCAAGUGUAGCCGCUCUCUCUACCAAUGUCAUCUUCAUUCCCAGCAAGGCAUCAAGGACUAAUCUCAUUGCUUUCCCCCCAUGGCUGACAUACAUACAAUUUUCCAGUUUACAACGAUCUUUUCAGAUGCAGCGAGUCAUUAUUUCCACGUUUAGAGGCAGAAUCCAAAGUCAAUUGAAGGCCGCUACAAACCACCAGACGAGCCAGUCGACUCGGCCGAAAAGCCCGGUGGCGCAAUUCACUCAACUACGCCAUAGUCUAGACUGUGUACGCAUCGUUCGCGAAUCUCUGAGCCGCUACCUUAGACUUGCGACUGGCAUUGAUGACACCGCUCCUCUACCCCGGAUGCCUCUCCACAUUUUCGGGCCCCUUCCCGAGGCGGCCAAGCGGCCAAUGUGCCUCGCCGCCCCUCCUCGAUCGGCCACCGCUGCUAGACAUCUUGCGGUCAGAGAUCUGGUCAGGCACGCUUUGGGAGACCCGGCUUGUGAAGUCCAGGGGUCGGCCUGCGCCAUUCUGACUUACACUUGCUUCGUCCUCUUAUGGUUUCUCUUCCUAAGUUUUGACACGAUUUCAAUCUUCGCCUGGUCCUCGGCUGGCUCAUGGGAUCUCUGGCUUUCACACAUGCCAGAGUGUUUUGGCUUCCAUAUGAACGCUCUUGAGAGGCUUACGGUAGGUGAGCGGCGUAUCCAUAACCUGCUUAGCCACCAUCUGCGAGUCCGCGAAAGAAACAAAUGCGAGCGAAACCACAUCGUCGCAAAGCUCUCAAACGACACAUUGCCUCGUUCCCAACACCAGCCCUCUGUUGUUCCCAAACGCAAAGUUCAUCAGACGCGCAUAUGCGCGACCAUUCGCUUCGUCAAGCUCGCGGUCGGUAAGACGGUGGGAACAAUCUCCAUCGGUGCACUCCUGUGGAACCCCACUAACGAGAUCGUUGCCCCCUUCGCCAUUUGGUCUUCGCUUUUGUUCCCCUGCUAUCGCUUCGCUGGUUCCUGUUACUGUCGCAACUCUAUUUGGUCCCGGGGACAUAUUCUGUUUGACUCGCACUCAAGAAAAAUCGCACUUCUUGCUCAGAAAGCUAGAACGGUUGCUUCUCUACACUUUGACAGAGACAACCUGAAUGAUAAAAUAAUCAUAGCAGAGGAGCCUCGUAUACAUGAACCUUCGAACUCUCAUAGGCGCGACAAUUCCUCUCAAUGCAGAGAACGGACGCUCCGGAAAACGAGCAUGAGUUGGCCCUUCGCAACCGCUAUCUCUCACAAUUACUCUCAGCAUGAAGCAUCGGCUACUGUCUGGUUCUCGACAGCCCUUGAGAAAUACAUUCAUCGACAGCACAAUUUACACUCGAUAGCUCAUUGCUUCACAACCACGUUCAAGCAAGUUGUUACUCUUCGGGUUAACAACCCCACAGAACCACUCUAUAUGGUAAAACGACAGCUUGAUGGCAAGCUUGUCUUCUACUCCCCUCAUGAUAGUCCGCGCAUUCAUCAGGAUCGCGCUUUAGCGACACUGGUGCAGAGAGCAACUGAAGUCAAUUUGAAGCACGAAAUUUCUCAACGAAUAUUGGCGACGAGCGUUGAAGCUUACGGUGCCAUUGAGAGCUUCGCACACGAUUCAACUGGCAUGUCCGGGCUUCUUGACCCGCUUUGCGACGUUGGCGAAGCCCGUUCAAGUCAUUCGCCUGUGACAAAGAUUUGCAAAAUUUCCAUUCGUUACGUGAUAACGCCUGACGAUGUCUUGCGUCUCUGCCAUUCCUACGGUGAUGAAUGGUUUUACCCUCUAGAUGGGUUGUGUGAACAGCGAGAAUACUCCAACAAUCUCUGCAAGAUGAGUGAGCCACGCGAUCAGCUUUUUCCAACCUCCACCGCCGCCGUUGAGGAGUCUUCGUUCUACGACCUAGCAUGCAAACUCGCAAAGCUAGCUCAGCUCCGUUACUUGCCCGACGAGGGUAAGAGAAGGAGUCGAGACUUCUUGCUAGCUGUGCUGGACGUACGCAGGCAGAGGACUACGACGAACACUAUGAACUUCCAAGUUCAUAGUUCGAAGUGUCAUAUUGACGGUAAGCUCUGCUGGAAAGUAUCAUGUCUUCAGAAUUCCAGCCUUUUGGUGUUAAAUGAACACACUGGUUACACCAUGGACAUCAUCCUUACCAGUGUAUCACAGAAGCAUUGGGUUAGACUCAGCCGAAACUCGCCUGUAGGAUGUCACGAGCCUCCCCUCAAGAUUGAUGCACGGAGUCUAUCCUCAGACACCGUCGCCACUCUUGAAAUACCGUUAUCCACGCGUAAGCGGGAAUCAAGCGAUUACAGAGAUCUAGGCAGGAAGCAAGCUUCCCUGGCCGGGUCCAGGAAGGCAACACAAGCCCGUCCUGGCUCUCAAAACUUGAAAGACCCCCUGCGGAAGCACAGGAAAUACGAGAGUCGCAAUCUGCAGGAACAAAAUGAAAUACUGUCACGGGUGAGAAAAUGCUGUGUAAUGAAAGUGUUGACACUCAUCGUCGUCUUAUGUAGGAAGAAAGCUCUGAUGAGCUAUGAGAGCAAGUCAAAUGGGGUUUCGAUCUUGGUAGCACUGCUUGUAGGGUCAACCUUUCGGUACGCUGUUUUAUGUUUCAGUUUGCUGCUGCCACUCAAUGCCGUCAUUUACAUACUGAGAAAGAUCAUUGCUAAUCCACAUCUCUUCAUGCUCAAGCAGCUAUUGCGAAUUACAAUACGUUCCAGCGAUCCUGUAUCUCGUUCCAAGAGACACCUUGAGGGAAGAAUUGCCGUCUGGAUCGACCCACUAGCUACCAACAUCAACCUCAAGGCCCUCGAAGAAACAGAGCACUUUCAAAACAUUCUACCAUUCUCAAAGACACCUAAAGCUUCAGCAGGGACGAUGACCUCGAGGCAGCCGACGGGGCGCCGGAGCACGGUCUUUAACAAAAUGCCCGGAAUGCUCAACAUUGUACGGCUCCUGCCACAGGGCCCCGAUGCAAUCCAUUCUACAGCGGCCGAUCUCCACGCGUGCCCUUGCUCAUUUUCCCUCAUGGAUUGGGCCAACCGAGGGGACAAGAGGCUGGGAUCGCGGGUGACUUUCAGAUCGCCCGCCGAAGAUCAAGUAGACAAACCCGUGGCUCACCCCCUGGGUAAAUCUUUCAACGAGUUUCAGCAGGACUCCACCAACUUCUUGGGCCGCAUCCGCUCUAUUAAUGUCGAAGCGAAAAGAUCGCCUACCAUCUUGGAGGAAAUGGAGUAUGCCCGGCGGUGUUUAUAG